GAGUCAACUCGGAAAAUGCGAUUUUUUAACCGUGGUUAAACUGUGGUAGCCAAACAUGGCGUAAAUAUCCGUUGCCUGGCAACAUAUGUGUGUAUUAUCAGUAAACGUAACAACUGAAUGGUGUAAGCGAAGGUGACUGUAAUUUUGUCUCUAGAAACUAAAAUUGUAUCAAAUUUUGCAGCAAAGAAAAGUAAAAUACGUUUAAAAUGAGAAACUCCAGCGAUAUUUUUUGCUUGAAAGAGCCGAAGUAUGGUGAAAACGACGGCAGCCAAAUAUUCUCCGUGAACGGUUCGUCUUUUUCAAGAAUAAACCGACGCCAGCACGCCAGCAGCGACGUGUUCCAGUUCGGUUUACCCCCGAAGACUGAAGAGACUGCCAAAAUGACUGAAAUUCCUGAACUCGACCAGUCUGAAACGCCUGAACCGGUCGACAAGGAACUCCCACAGGAGGAGAAACAGGAAGCUAUGACCGAGAAAGCCUCCGGAGAGCCGACUGUUUCUUCCUCCAGCAUGAAGCGCAACCCCGUGACGGGCGUGGGCUUGGAAGCCGAUGAGCAGCGCAGCUCGAGAAGACACUGCGGCCAGCAAUCAGGCAAAUGGAUGUGGUGAAAUGAUUGUGUAAUUUUUGAUUCAAUAAAGUACAUGCGAAUUUUCUAAUA